GUGGUCACACUGGUUGCAUGUUAUGAAAACACACACGCGCAAAGAUGUUGAGAAAAUCUUUUAACAAUUUGCCACGUCUGUCUCAGCUAUGCGGUCUACAGGGUCGUCUGCAAAGCACGCAGGUGGCACCGGUGGAACCUGCACCGGCGGAACCGGAGGAUAUUGCGGCGAUUGAGCAACGCAUACUAAAGCACCCGGACUACUUUCAAGUGCACAAUCUGUUUACAGUGCGUGAUUUAUUUAACGCACGCGUGCAUUAUGGCCAUAAGGAAGGCUCGCUGGACGAUCGCAUGCGUUCCUAUUUGUAUGGCAGUCGUCUGGGUCACUUGAUCUUUGAUCUGGACAAGACAGCUGCGCAUUUACGCGAUGCGCUCAACUUUGCAGCGCACAUAGCCUUUCGCGAUGGUAUUAUAUUGUUCUUCAAUCGCAAUGCGCUUAAUGCACAUCUUGUGGAGCAGAAGGCCAUGGAGGCUGGCGAGUUCUCACAUACGCGUUUCUGGCGUGGCGGUAUCUUUACUAAUGCCAAUGUGCAGUUCGAUGCGGUGACACGACUACCCGACCUGUGCAUAUUCCUCAAUACACAAAACAAUGUUCUGGCGCAGCAUACAGCAGUUCGAGAUGCAGCCAAGAUGGCCAUACCCACCAUAGGCAUUGUGGAUACCAAUUGCAAUCCUAAUCUAAUUACAUACCCUGUGCCGGGCAAUGAUGAUACACCAGCUGCUAUAGAGCUGUACUGCAAUCUAUUCAAAGAGGCUAUCUGGCGUGGCAAACGCAAGCGACGCGAGCUGUUGGGUUUGCCGCCUUUGGAGGAAGCUAAGCCGAGUAAAAGCGCAGGCAGACGUUUCGAAAAGAACUAGUUAACCUAACGCAUUCAUUUGUUAUUAAAUAAAUUAAAGCCAUUUUUAUUUAAAUUAA